AUGGCCGCCGUCGUGACCGUGUCGGCGCUCGACGCCGGUCACCUCACGCUGCCUGAGCGCCUGUUCGUGACCGACGCGGACCCCGACCUCCGCGCCACAGUCCCAUCGCUGUCCUUCCUGGUCCGGCACACCGCACCCUCGGGCGCCACCACGGCAGUCCUCUUCGAUCUGGGCGUCAAGCGCAACAUAGACGGCUACACGCCCGCGCAGCGCGCCCACAUCGCGCAGCGGCAGCCCGUCGUCGUGUCCCCGGACUGCGCCGACAGCCUUCGCCGCGGCCACUCUCCCACAGCCACCGACGGCGAGCAGCAGCAGCUGCUGCUGCUCGACCCGACCACCGACGUUGACGUCGUGAUCCUGUCGCACGUGCACUGGGAUCACGUCGGCACGCCGUCCGAUUUCGGCCGCGCCGUGUUCGCCGUCGGCGCCGGCACCCUCAAUCUGCUCCGCCACGGCGCCGGCCCGCUGUACCCGGCGGCGCUAUUCAACGCCGACGAGCUGCCGGCCGCGCGCACGCUGGAGUUCCCGCCGGCGCCCGCAUCGCCUUACGACUCGCACACCGCAGAGCACGCACCCGCACCCACGCCCAACACGCCAACCAUGGCGGCGCUCCUCCCGCCCACGAUCCGCUACCCGUGGCGCUGGGAGCCGCUGCCCGCUAAUGACACUGACGACCCGGCCUUCCCCGCGGCGCUGGACCUGUUCGGCGACGGCAGCGUGCGCGUCGUCGACAGCCCAGGCCACUUAUUCGGGCACGUCAACCUGCUGCUGCGCACGGCGCCGCGCAGGUACGUGUACCUGGGCGGCGACUGCUGCCACGACCCGCGCAUCCUGCGCGGCGAGAAGGGCAUCGCGCUGUACGACGACGGGUGCGGUGGGCUGCGCAGCGUGCAUGUCGACACGGGGGCUGCGCGGCGCACGCUCGGGCGCAUUGCGAGGUUUGCUGAUGGGCACGGUGACGGCGAUGGGGAUGUCGAGGUCGAGGUGGUUGUUGCGCAUGAUGCUGUCUGGAGGGACCGCAAUCGGCAUCGCUUCUGGCCGGGCACGCUGUGA